AUUUCAUCUGUCGUUGUUGUAAGCUGUGUCAUUUGAGAUAUUAUAUUUAAUUGGACAACAAAUAUUUUGAAUCUGAUGUAUAGAUCUCAUGCAUAUUAUUUUAUUCUUAGGGUUGAAUUUUUUAAACCCUAGCGUUUUAUUCUAUGACACAUGUUAUGGCCAUCAAUAAAAUAAAGCCAUAAAGAAUUUCUUACAACUUGGCCGUCCAACUUGAGAGUCAAAGAAAAGAUGCUUGAACCAUUAACUCCCACUUGCUUAAAUUAGAGUUUGAAGGCUGUUGUUCAUGAUAAAAAUAAACACAUCCAAUUGAAGCCAAACCUAUGGGUUUGAGCCUGUGGAGAGAAAUCAUUCAAAUACUUCAGGUCACUGUUAUAUUCACUUCUUGUUUCUGUUUGAAGUCAUUUGUAGCUGAAAAUACUAUAGAUCUCAACAACCCGGUCACAGAUCCAGGAAACAUCACAUCAAAAAAUGGAGUUUUCAGGCUUGGAUUCUUCAGUCUGUCUAAUAACAAUAAUUUUCGUUAUGUUGGGAUCUGGUAUAAUGUUCCCAAAUUGACUGUGGUGUGGGUAGCCAACAAAGAUAAGCCUCUGAAUGAUUCCUCUGGACUUCUCACCAUAUCUAAGGACGGAAACCUUGUUGUCUUGAAUGGGAAGAAAGAUGUUCUUUGGUCUUCAAAUGUGUCUUAUAAAGCAUCAGCAAUUAAUACAAGUGCUUUGCUCCAAGACUCGGGAAACCUCAUUCUUCAAGAUGCGUCUAGUGGGAAAGCUAUUUGGCAAAGCUUCGAGCAUGUUUCAAACUCAUUCUUGGUGGGGAUGAGACUUAGCGUUAACAUGAACAGUAACAAGGAUGAGAUCAAAUCAACAUCGUGGAGAAGCAAUGAAGAUCCUUCCUUUGGAGUGUUCACCAUGGGUAUGGAUCCUUAUAACCUCCCACAAGUUGUUGUGUGGAAUGGAAGUCUCCCUUAUUGGCGAAGUGGUCCUUGGAAUGGACAGUUCUUCAUUGGUAAACAGUCUAGAGGCUCUUAUCAUGGUUUAGACGUCACAGAUGACAAACAAGGAAAUGUCUUCAUGGGUUUCACUUAUUCAGAUGUCAGUUUGAAGUAUUUUCUUUUGGAUUCAGAUGGAGUUCUGAAAUAUAGACAUUGGGUUGAAGGGAAACAAGAUUGGGAGGAUUUAUGGUUGGCUCAAGAGACGGAAUGCGAUUUCUAUGGAAGAUGUGGGCUGUUUGCAAUGUGCAAUCCGAAGAAUUUGCAGUUGUGUUCGUGUUUAAAAGGGUUUGAGCCAAAUGAAUCUGCUGAGUGGAAUAGUGGAAAUUUUACAAGUGGGUGCAAGAGGCUAAAACCUCUUGAAUGCCAGAGAAACAGCAGCCAGGUUCAAGAAGUGGGGAAGAGAGAUGGGUUCUUAAAACUGGGUACUGUGAAAAUACCUGAUUUUUCUGUUUGGUCUUCUGGCCUGGAAGAUGAAUGCCAGAGCCAAUGCUUGAACAAUUGUUCCUGCACAGCUUAUGCUUAUUAUGAAGGCAUUGGUUGUAUGCAAUGGGAUGGAGGCUUGAUUGAUUUGCAGCAGUUCUCUAACAAUGGUGCAGAUUUCUAUUUUCGUGUGGCCCAUUCAGAGCUAGGUGGAGAUAAAAAGAAGCAAAAGAACGUAGUGAUUGCAAUUACAGUGACAGUAUCGACAGUAGUAGUUGCCAUAGCUGCCUGCUUGUUUUGGUUUUGGGUGACUAAGCGAAGUGGUAAAUAUGGGACAAAUAAUUCAGGCUUGAUUCGUCAUCCAUUUAAGAAUUGGCCAUUAUUUUCUGAUUAUUCAAAAGAUAUGUCAGAAAACAGCAUGACCAAAAAAGUUGAAGAGCUUCCAUUGUUCGAUUUCGAGCAACUUCUAAUAGCCACAAACCACUUUCAUUUGGCGAAUAAGCUUGGUGAGGGUGGGUUUGGCCCAGUUUACAAGGGAAAAUUACAAGAUGGACAGCUAAUAGCUGUUAAAAGGCUAUCAAGUUGUUCAAGCCAAGGAUUGGAAGAGUUCAUGAAUGAAGUUAUGGUGAUAUCUAAGCUCCAACACCGUAACCUUGUUAAAUUACUUGGCUGUUGUAUUGAACGAGAAGAAAAGAUGCUAGUAUAUGAACUAAUGCCCAAUAAAGGCUUGGAUGCUUUUCUCUUUGAUUCUCCUAAACAAGAACUGCUAGAUUGGAGAAAACGAGCUAACAUAAUUGAAGGAGUUGGUAGAGGUCUGCUCUACCUGCAUAGAGACUCUAGAUUAAAGAUCAUUCAUAGAGAUCUGAAAGCAAGCAACAUUUUGUUGGAUGAAGAAUUAAACCCAAAAAUCUCAGAUUUCGGAAUGGCAAGAAUAUUUGGAGGCAAUGAAGAUCAAGCCAGAACGAUGAGAGUCGUUGGAACUUAUGGCUAUAUGUCUCCAGAAUACGCGAUGCAUGGGAGAUUCUCAGAAAAAUCCGAUGUUUUCAGCUAUGGCAUGUUAUUACUCGAGAUUGUAAGUGGGAGACGCAAUUCUAGCUUCUACAACAGCGAGCAAUCUAUAAGCCUAAUAGGAUAUACAUGGAAACUAUGGAAUUCAGGCGAUAUAGCGGAGUUAAUAGACCCGAAAAUGUCCAAAGAAGGGUUUGAAAUGGAGAUAUUAAGAUGCAUACAUGUUGGGUUGUUAUGCGUUCAGGAUUCUGCUAAAGACAGGCCUCCUAUUUCUACUGCCCUUUCAAUGUUGAGCAGCGAGAUUGAUCAUCUUCCUCAGCCGAAUAAACCUGCAUUUGCCGAAGCACAUGUUGUUCAGGAAGGUAACGACGGCUGUUCUGCGAACCAAUUUACUAUUACAAUGGUUGAAGCCCGAUAGGAAUUUUUGUAUUACUUCUGUUGGUAUAUAUCUGGCUGGUUAUUUGAUGCUUCACUUAAUAGACAUGGUUUAGUUGGUUGUUUAUGAUUACACAUAUAGUAACCCACUUGUAAUGAUUUGAAUUUUACCAUGGCGCAUGCUAUUAUUUUCGCAAUGUCGUUGUUCAUU